AUGCACUCAGCCGAAACUCAGCAUCUUCCGAAAAAGGCUAAUGAAUUUUACAGUUCAACUAGAUUUACUAACGUGCUACAAAUAGGUGAAGUGCAUUGGUUACAAUCUUUUCAGAUGAGUGAUCCGAGACUUUGCCAUAUAAAGGCUACAUUGGAUGCCAAAAGUCAAGAGGCAAACGAAGUUCAGAAUAACUACGUACUGAAAGAUGGUAAAAUUUAUAGAAGAGUUGAAGGCCAAUUACGAUGGACGGUACCUAGAGAUGCACAAUGGAAAAUUUGUCAACAGUGCCAUGACGAAGCUGUUCAUUUUUCCUGUGAGAAAACAUUGGAAAAAGUGAGAACAAGUUACUGGUUUCCUAAAUUGACUCAAUUUGUAAAAAAAUAUGUACGUGCUUGUAUUCCAUGCGCACAUGCCCGACAGCCAGGCGGUAAAAAGCAAGGAUUUCUACAUUCCAUACCAAAACCUUGUUACCUUUUUCAAUGCUUACAUAUUGACCAUUCGGGUUCCUUUGUAAAAACCAAACGAGGUAAUAUGUAUAUUCUCGGUAUAAUUGACAAUUUCACAAACUUUGUGGUAAUAAAAGCUGUCAAAAAUACAAAAAGCAAGACGUCGAUCGACGUUCUUAAGGACGUAUUUGGACUAUUCGGGCGCAAAGCAGUUCGAAUCGUCGAUGACCGAGUUCUUUCUGAUCGGCUCGAUAUACUGGCACUGCGUAGAGAUGUUGCAUCUCUUUGCGUAUUAUAUCGUAUCUAUCACGGGUGCUCUGAGGAAUUGUUCGGAUUAAUCCCAGCCGCCAAAUUUCACGAACGCACAUCGCGGCAGAACUCCCGAUACCAUCCACACCAUCUGGAUGAUUGGCGGUCCACCACUGUGCGAUUUAGAAGAUGUUUUCUUCCUCGCACGACCUCCUUGUGGAAUCGAUUACCAUCAGCGAUUUUUCCGGACCGAUACGACUUAGGGACCUUCAAGAAAAGAGCGUACUCCUUUUUAAAAGGCCGGCAACGCAUCUGCGAUUCCCCUGGUGUUGCAGUUGUUCAUGGGCGGCGGUAG